UCCUAGUUCCUGCAACAUUUCCCAAUUCUUUUUCCUUCUUCAAGUUUGCCAUGGCUUCAGCUAUAUCUGAAACAAUAACCACCAACGGACCAUCCGAAAAUAACAACCUUACGAUCACCGGAAAGAUACAUACACGAGUCCGCCUCGCUACGAAAUCUGAUCUGCACCAUAUAUACCAAUUAUUUUACCAAAUCCAUGCAUACCAUAAUUUCACUCAUUUAUACAAAGCCACUGAGUCCUCCGUAGGGGACUUACUUUUCAAAGAAAAUCCUCUUCCGCUGUUCUACGGGCCGUCCGUACUUCUACUCGAAGUCUCCCCAACGCCUUUUACCCAACCCAAAAAUAACAAGGACGAAGGGUUCAAGCCCGUCCUUACAACGUUCAACCUUAAAUUCCCAGUUGUGGAAGGACAAGUUGAGGAGUUUCAGUCCAAAUACGAUGAUGGGAAUGAUAAGCGUGAUGUUUUCAUAGCGGGAUACGCUUUCUUUUAUGCGAAUUAUUCAUGCUUCUAUGAUAAACCGGGGUUCUAUUUCGAGAGCCUUUACUUCAGGGAGAGUUAUCGUAAGUUGGGAAUGGGGAGAUUGUUGUUUGGAACAGUUGCGUCUAUAGCUGCAAACAAUGGGUUCGUAUCAGUGGAGGGAAUAGUAGCGGUUUGGAAUAAGAAGUCGUAUGAUUUUUACAUAGAUAUGGGGGUUGAAAUAUUUGAUGAGUUUAGAUAUGGCAAAUUGCAUGGUGAAAAUCUUCAAAAGUAUGCUGAUAAGCAGAAAAAUGAAGGAGGAAACUGUUAAUUUAUUUAUUUAUUUUAAUUACCUUAAGAUUUCCUUGAUACUGCAAUUAUGAUUUUCUACUUAUUUACUUUCUGUGAAAGCAGAAUGCUUAGUGUGUAUUACUCACAUUUGUGUUUGAAAAUUUAUAUUUUGUCGAUUCAAUUUAAAAGUCAUACCAUGUUCUUUUUU